UUUAAGGGGGGAAAACUGUGACGUGCUCUGUUAUUUCCUUUCCUGGAUAAUUAUAUUUCUUCCCGUUUUCUUGAUUAAAGACGACAAAGCAUCUCCUCUGUUUUCGCUUCCCUGUCCUAUCCUCUUUAAAGUGCUCUUAAGGUUCAUGUCAUUACAACCCGCGCCAAUUUCUUUUGCUGCAGCUCACUAUUGUGUUAAGUCUUUUUUAUUAAAAUAGGGUUCCAAAUUGUACGAAUUUACAAUGCCGCCAUUUAUACCAGCCUCGAAAGCUUUCGGUGCCUUGGUUUCACGCAAAAUUCGCCUAAGACAUUUGAUAAUUCCUCCCAAAAACGACGGACGAUUGCGGAAAAGUGGUCGAAUUCGACAGUUUAGUGGCAUAGCAGGGAUUCAGACCCCGACCGUCUGUAAAUUGAUUGGGACUUGUCAGAAUAACUUUGAUUUAUCGUUAGCUAAUUUUUAUCAUAUUAAUAUUCUUCAAAGGAGGCAGUUUCUUGGAUGUGGAGACGGGGAAGAGGGUGAUGUCUUGUCUAAAGUAUACGAAGAGCGCCGGGUAUUAGGCUAUUCCCCAGAGCAGUUAUUUGAUGUGGUUGCUGCUGUCGACUUGUAUCAUGGAUUUGUUCCUUGGUGCCAGCAGUCAGAGAUACUGAAACACUACCCAGAUGGAUCUUUUGAUGCUGAGCUUGAGAUUGGUUUUAAAUUUCUUGUUGAAAGUUAUGUUUCCCAUGUGGAAUUAAACAGAGCAAAGUAUGUAAAGACAACUGUCUCAGAGAGUGCCCUCUUUGACCAUCUGAUAAAUAUUUGGGAAUUCAGUCGUGGACCACUUCCAGGAACUUGCAGCCUUUAUUUUUUGGUGGAUUUUAAGUUCAAGUCACCACUCUAUCGAAAGGCUGCAUCCAUAUUCUUCAAGGAGGUAGUCUCUAAAUUAGUGGGCUCUUUCAGUGAACGCUGUCGUUUGGUCUAUGGACCAGGAGUCCCAGUCCUUGAAAACUCUUACGAACAAAGGGCAUGAAGUUUGAUCAACAAAUUAACCGGGGCUGUCGCUGAAUGAACUCAUAAGAAGUGCAUUUUGAAUUAUGGGGAGAUCGAAUAGAAAAGGUCUUCUCUUGCCUACUGGGUGGUUUUUGUUUUGUAUACCACUCGGGCACUGAUCUUUUCAUUAUCAUAAAAAAGUUCAAAGAGCAACAUUGGGCAUUUUAAUUUUCUUGCUCACUUACCCUUUUCAUAAAUCUUACUCAUAUUGUUUGGAUGAAAGGUUACAAUGGUAAAUUACUGUUACUAGAUA